AUGAGGAGCUAUUGCUAUUUUACGGAAAAGAAUAAAUUACUUAUACCUCACGAACCAUCUAGUAAAAGAGAUCCACACUUGAUGGAUGAUCAGCAUUCGUUUGCUAUUCGUAAUAGUAUGAAAUAUUUUGAAACAAGUGCGAAAACCGGUGAAAAUGUUCAAGAAUUUUUUGAAACUAUCGCCAGUGAUCUUGUUGGACGUCAUAAUCCAAAGUUGUUACAAUCUCACCUUCCUGUUCGAGGAAAUUUUGCUUUUAAUUAUUCUGUACCUGAACCAACCCUACCAUUUAGUGAUAUAAAUCAAAAUGGAUCCAUAAAUGGAAAUACCAGUAAAAAGAGAAAAGACAAAAAGAAACUCAAACAUCGUUUAAUAGGCUCAACAAAACCCACAUCGAAACAAUUUUUUCACAGACUUAAUUUGAGAAAAUUGUUAAUUUGUUGUACAACUGAGAAAUGA